AUGUCCGACCAGGCCCCCUCGCGCUUCACAGCGCCGAAGAAGACCACGACAGAGCGUCUAUCGAGCAAUACUGUCGGUCUUGUCCAGCUCUCCGACUACCGCAAGCGACACGCCGAAGUCCUCGACCAGCAGGAGCGCGAGCGCGAAGCAGCCCUCUCCGGCACGUCCACCCCGAACCGAUCCCACUCCGCGACUCCAGACCCCGGCAACGACUCUGGCAGCGGCGCAAGCAAGCCGAAGAAGAGAAAGAAGAAGAUUGGGGGCAGCAAACUGUCUUUUGGCGACGAUGAAGAGGAAGAGGAGGACGCGCUGCCGGUGAAGAAGGGGAAGAAGGACGCAGACAAGGACGGCGACGACAGCUCAGGGAAGAAGUCCAAGGUCGUUGCGAACUCUUCCGUCGCUUUCGUGCCCAAGGUUAUGUCUAAGGCGGCUCUCCGACGUGAGGCGGCUGAGAGGGAAGCUUUGCGACGCGAGUUCCUGGCUAUCCAAGAAGCUGUCAAGGCCACCGAGAUUGCCGUUCCCUUCGUCUUCUACGACGGUUCCAACAUCCCUGGAGGUACAGUACGUGUCAAGAAGGGCGACUACGUCUGGGUGUUUCUCGACAAGAGUCGCAAGGUUGGCGCCGAGCUUGGUGUAGGAGAAAAGGCCAAUGCCAGGCGAGAGUGGGCACGCGUCGGCGUCGACGACUUGAUGCUCGUGAGGGGUUCAAUCAUCAUCCCGCAUCACUAUGAAAUCUACUUCUUCAUCAUCAACAAGAGCACUGGCCCCGACGGCCAGCAGCUCUUCACCUACACCGCCGACGCCCCGCCCAAGACGGACGAGCCCGAAGCCAAGGAGACGCCCGCGGUCCCCGAUGGCGGCCUGACCACCGCUGCCGCGUUGAAAGCUAAGGCGGCCGCUGUCAAGGCUCUGCCCGAUAUCAACACCCUUGAGGGGGCGACCGAUGAUCCGACCUUGACAAAGGUGGUGGACCGGCGCUGGUAUGAGCGCAAUAAGCACAUCUACCCAGCGAGCAUGUGGCAGGAGUUCGACCCUGAAAAAGACUACCAGAAGGAAGUCCGGAAAGAUGCCGGCGGCAAUACUUUCUUCUUCUCGAGGUGA